AUGAGCAAUGUGCCCAUAGGUAAAUUUGCCUCUGAGUUGGAAACACAUGGCGUCAAAAUGAGGCUGCAUCUCUGCAUUGCUCAAUCGCACCUCCCAUUGUUAUCUGGGUGUCCGGAGGCUUCAGCCUUUCGCGCACCCUUGCACCCACAAGAGCGUAGUGGGUCGCAAGACCGAUCUUAUGAUGCACUUGCACAUUUGCGUCUCCACCAUCUUCCAUAUGACUCAGCGCAUUCUCCCUAUCGGUGGCUUGAAUACGUAACCGAAGCUCCUCUCGGUGUGGAUGUUCCGUGGGCGGUCACAAGCGUCCUACACAUUGCGAUUGUGAAAUCGUGGGUCCCGCGAAUUUGCAACAAAGCGCGUGUAGACCUUGGUAGGCUGGGCGACGGCUGGGUACUCCUUCCGAGGCAAGAGCAGGUUAUUUUCUGCAGCCUGCUUCAUUUCUUUGGGAUUGUAAGGGUGCAGUUAAACCCAGCCAUGAAUUCUACGAUCACCGCUCUUACGAACCGAGAAUCGUUGACCUGCCCGGCGUUCAAAUUUGGACGCUACAUUGUCCACGACAAUUCGGGUUCAGGAGGUAUGCCUCGUUGCACCUGUCAUGUGCCACUGGCGUCACCCUCGAAAUUCUACAACUCCAAAAAACGUUUUUGUGAGGAUAAUUUGGUCCAAGCGGUCAACAAGCGGUAUGAGAGAACUCAAGAACAAACGGCCUAG